GUUUUUACAUCCCACCGACUCGGGCUGCUCGGUGAGCGUGACAGCUCAAGGGGUAGAACAUGCUCGACCAGAGUUAGACCGGAGCAUACGGUCAGGGGAGGAGGGGCAGUUGAUGCCAAACCUGUAAGAAGGACAGGUUAAACAAGGUAUGAAAAUUAUAUCUAAAAAAAAUAACUGAGGCCCCCAAACAAUGGACCCGCAGAAAGUGAAUGGCGUUUCUCUAAAAGAAAACGGAAGUCACAGAAGACCGCCCUCCUAUUCUGUUGAAACCCCCUACGGAUUUCAUCUAGACCUGGAUUUCGUUAAAUAUGUCGAGGACAUUGAAAAGGGCAACACCAUCAGACGGGUGCAGCUUCAGCGUAGACCCCGGGGGCGAAGCAUUGGCAACCUGUCACGUAACCUCAGCUUACCUGGGUACAGUUGCAGACCCUCUCAGUGGAACUCAACAAAUAUCUUAUUUCCCAGAACUCGACUCGCAGACUCCCAGCAGCCAUGUAGUGAUGGCGAAUCUGCUCGUAUCAGCAAGCCAUCAGAGUCUCCCUCAAACACCUCACAUGCAUUUGAUGAGCAGCUGCUGGGACCAUACGUGAGACCGAAUCUACUGCGAGCCUCCAGUUUACCCCUAACAGUGUUACUGAGAAAAUACUCCACUGAGGACCCGACCAGCCCCGACGGUUCGAGGGAUUUCCUCUCGCAAAACGGUUCCUCAGAGGACGUCUUCCACGGUCCCGGAGGAGUGAACGGAGGGACUUUUCAGCAGCUGACUGCAGCUCUACAGAGAGUCGGUGAGCUAGAAGAGCAGAUCAGGAUCAUACCAGAACUUAAAGCACAGAUAUGUAUCUUGCAGGAGGAGCGAGAGAGACUCCUGCACACGUUCCAAUCCAGACCGGACAACACUGUGACUUUGGACUUUCCUAGAAGCACGGUGAAGAUGGUGAAGAAGAAAAAUAAAGGAAACGAUGACUGGAUGGAUCGGGAGUAUGAUCAGCUGGAAGAGAACGUCAAGGCUUCCUCUGAGCAAGUCAAUGCCUUCAUGAUAACCACAGAAAAAAAAUUACAAGCAACUAAAACAGAUCCUGAAGCUGAGUCCCUCGUUGAGUCUUUGCAGAAGAAAAUCACAAUGCUAGAGCGGAAGCUUCAUGAACUCGAGUCUGAUCUGGAAAAGACAACAAAUCUUCUAAAGGAUCAGGAAAAGCAGAGUCAUUUCAAGGAUGAGAGAAUAACUGAGUUGACCAAACGACACGCAAAAGACAUCUGGGUUCGACCAGACAACGUGAGGAACACCCAGGACCUACAGAACAAGUCAGAACCGUUUGUGCAAUCGUACUCAUCUGAAUCUGAAUCAAGUAAAACUAACCAGGUGUUUAAACCCUGUGCAACAAGAGAACCUGCAGGAUCACAAGCAGACAUGGAGGGCCAUGUGAAAAAAGUCAGAGAGCUCCUUCAGGAGCAGUGGGAGUGUCUAUGCAGAGACAAAGAAUCAGGACAAGGUCAGUCAUCUGAACAUCUACCACCACGAGUCUGCUUCAUCCAAACACAGCUGGUCUCUUUAGUCAACCUCCUUACACUCUAUAUAUCACCUGUAGGAGACGCUCAACUAUCAGCUCAGGAGUCCACGAUGGAGGACCAAAUAUCUGUGGUGAAGGGAGGGGAAUUUCCUAAACCAGACAAUGGAAAAGAUUGCGCUUCUGGUGAAGUAGAGGAGGACAACAAAAGGCUUAAGGAGAAGAGGGUUAAUCAAAAGAGUUCCCAAACUGAAGAGCUGCCAGGUUCUACACUGUACACCAGAACACGAGAGCUUAUAGGAGAAAGUGGCGCAGAGGCCUCACGCUUGAGAGUGGCUGAAGGACAUCACGACGAGCUGGACAGGAUGCGUGAAGCUCAACAUGCGGAAUUUCAGGCGGUAGGAAAAGAGGAGAAGCAGAAUGGCAGAAGUUCAGGAGCUGAAUCAGAAGAAGCAUUACAUGGUGAAGGUGGAAGGGGAGUAGUGACUGACUUCAUGAGUGCGUGUCACUUCUUAGAGAAGCACAUGGAUGAAGUUUCUGAACCAAAUGAUGAAAUGAGGCAGGCUCUGACUGCGGUGUUCCAGCAGUGGUUCCACGUGUGUGCUGAGGAGAACUCGUGCACUGACAAGGUCGCUCUGUACAUUAAUGAAGUGGCCACAGAAACCCCUGCUGUGCUGCAGUUCCUGGUCAACAUGAUGGAUGAUAAUGGAAACACUGCCCUACAUUACAGCGUGUCCCACUCCAACUUCAGCAUUGUGAAGCUCCUCUUGGACACGGGUGUGUGUGAUGUGGACCUGAAGAACAAGACCGGGUACACAGCAGUCAUGUUGGCGUGUCUCCAGCCGCUGGACACUGAUACGGAUAUAAAGGUGGUCCAGCAGCUGAUGGAGUUAGGUGAUGUUAACACUCGCGCAGGGCAGGUGGGUCAGACAGCUCUCCACCUGGCGGUCAGACACGGCCGAGCGUCCACGGUGAAACUCCUCCUGGCUCAUGGAGCCAACGUUAACACUCAGGAUCAAGCAGGAACCACGGCUCUGAUCAGCGCCUGCGACCGCGGACACGCCGACAUCGUCCGAAUUCUUCUGCAGGAUCCUGACUGUGAUGUCAACCUCACAGAUAAGGGAGGUCGCAGCGCUCUGUCUCUGGCCACACAGGCAUCACACACAGAGAUUGCGGACCUGCUGAAGGCUCGGACCACCGGCACUAAAACCCACGACAAAUGUAAGAUGGCUUAGAGAUGACAACUGGAUGCUAGAAC